AUGGAGAAACAAGAUGAGAUUCUCAAGAAGAGAGAAGAUGAAAUAAAACUCAUUAACUCAGAAUUAGAGAAGAUGACAGACAAAUAUCAGAGUUUACUGGCAUCUUCUGGAGAUUCCGGCCGCGAGAUUCGAGAAUUGAAUAAAAAGUUCACGAAGUUGGAAACUGAUAAAAUUCAACUUGAAAAAGACAAUAAAACAUUGAAACAAAACAUUGAAAAAAUAGAAAAAGAUUUGAAGACUAGAGAUACAGAAAACAGUCCUUCUGUGAAGAACUUUUAUAUCAAAUCUUACAUAUUUCAGGGAGUGCAGGCCCCUCCUACCCCACCCAACCCCCCACCAGUUAUAAAAUUAGAACCCACAUUUGAAGAAGAGGAUGAAGAUAUAUCAGACCACGCCCAACUAGACGCUACACCCACAGUUGCAGCCAAGGCUUUACGGAAAGGUAGAAAACGAGGAUCAGCCAAUGCUACAGAAUCAGAACCAUUGGUUCCUAAAACCAGACGACGUGGAAGACAGGCUGCUACUAAAAUUAAAAAUGAACCAGUUGAUGAAGAUUGUGUUUUAACACCAUUAGAUUUAGAGGAAAUUAAGGAAGAAGACAAUGAAGAAGAAACAGGCGGUAAAAGACCGGGUAGAAGAGCUAAACAAACUGCUAAAAAUAAACUGGGUGAUUCGGCUAUGGGUUCUCCUUUAACACGAUCAGCUAAGAAAUCUGAAUCACUAGAGAACAUUGUACCUGAUACACCAGAAACAGAGACUAAACCUCGGGGAGGACGUAAAAAACGUAUCUUAUAUAACACAGAUGAAAUUCAUAUCACACCACCGUUUGAAUGUGGUAAUUUUGUGCCAUCCUCUGUAUCAAAUGAACAAAGAACGAGUUCAAGGUUACGAGGUCGUAAACAAUCGGCAGUGUGA